AUGGCCGCUACAUCUACAUCAACAGUCGGCGUCGACGUCAAGAAGCCGCCUCCUCUCAUGGACAUUCCGGCAGCCCUGGCCGCCUCGCCUGCUGCUAGCCGGCCGACCCUCGACCUGCCAGACAGCCUGCGAUGCUCUGACCUGCCGGGAGUCAUCCACGAGGAGGACGAAGAGUCCGCGACCGAGCCCUCUGAGCCCGUCACCCCGACCAGCCUCACCCACCACAACCACCACAACCUCUUCAGCGGGCCUCACAGCUACCAGAGCCAGCACCACCCUCGAAUUGAUCCCCCGAGCAGGGAUCCCAUGGUCAGCGUCAAUGUCCCCGUCGAGGUGCUCAAGAACCCCAUCAUCGUAAACACCGAGCCCACGCCGCCAUCCACGCCCUCGAGACGCCCUCCUACCACUCAGGCUCAGGCUCCAGCUCCGGCUCCGGCUGCAGCUCCAGCUUCAGCAUCAAAUCCUACUUCUAAUACGACUGCUACUUCCACUGCUGCUACUUCUGCUCCAGUGGCCAUUCCUCCGCCAGCUCGACCCUCGACUUCGGCCUCGCAAAAGUCCUCUCCGCUGAGAAAGGCGUCCAAGUCGAUCAAGGGCAUCUUCCGUCGACCAAGCACCUCCGACGCCAUGCCUCCGACCACCACUCCUGCUAAUAAUACUGCUGCUGCUGCUGCUGCUGCUGGCAAUGCUGCUGGCAAUGCACAGACCGAACAAAAGAAACUCUCGCUGAACAUGUUCCAGGCCAGCAACACGCGCAAGGGCUCGGUCUCGUCUUCGCACCAACACUCACCCACUUCCUCGCGUACCAACUCCCCCCAGUCACCCAGCUCGCCCUCCAGCACGCUCCAUGGCAACAGCAACCCCCAGAACCCGAUGUAUCUCGGAGUCACCCCUCCCUCCGACUCAUCCUUCAACCCCCGACGCCCUGCUCGCUCGUCGACGGGCCUUAGCCUGCGUGAGCGCAGUCGAGUCAUGUUUGGAUCAACACCUCGGCCCCAGCGCGACGAGGAUCAGCGAAUCCGAUCUCCUAGCCUCGGAGACGUGCAGAACCAACCAGAACGGCCCGGGUUCUCUAUCCCUGCAGUUUCAGGCGCCGGCCUCAAGGCCCGCCGCAUGAGCACCAGUUUGCCCGAUGACUUUGACGUCAACACCUGUCCCCUUGCAGACGAAUACACCAAUAGCAGCAAACUGCCUGGCAAGCGCAAGGAGGUCGGUCGAGGCGCCACAGCCACCGUCAAGAUCAUGUGUCGACGCGGCAGCGACAAGUCCGAACUCUUUGCCGUCAAGGAGUUCCGCAAGUGCGGCUCAAAGGAAGACCAGCAUGAGUAUGAGCAAAAAGUGAAAUCGGAGUUUUCCAUCGCCCAGUCCCUGCACCAUCCCAACAUCGUCGAGUCAUUCCGUCUGUGCACCAGCAACGGCCGCUACAACCAUGUGAUGGAGUACUGCUCGUACGGCGAGCUCUUCUCGCUCGUCCAGAAGAACUACCUCCAGCCCAAGGACAACCACUGCUUCUUCAAGCAGAUGGUCCGUGGCGUCGCUCACCUGCACGAAAACGGCAUCGCCCACCGAGACAUCAAGCUUGAAAACCUGCUGCUCUCCGAUGACGGAUACAUCAAGAUCACCGACUUUGGCGUGUCAGAGGUGUUCUCGGGUCUCCACCCUGGUCUUCGCAGCUCAGGCGGCGAGUGCGGCAAGGAGAUGGGCGAGGUCCGUCUCUCUUCACCUGGAAUCUGCGGUUCCCUCCCCUACAUCGCUCCCGAGGUCCUGGCCAAACAGUCCAGCUACGAUCCACGCCCGCUCGACGUCUGGUCCUGCGCCGUCGUCUAUCUCACGCUGCACUUCCGAGGCAACCUGUGGCCCUCCGCCAGCCGCGAGCACCCCAACUACGCCCGCUUCGCCUCUGGAUGGGAGAAGUUCCUCGCGUCUUCGGAGACGGGCAUUCCAUCUGAAGACAAGAUGCCCUCGUGCGGCCCGGCGUUCAAGCACAUCGGCAACCGCAACCUGAAGCUGCUGCUGCUCAAGAUGCUGCACCCAGACCCGGCCAAGCGGAUCACCAUCAAGGAAGUGCUGGGCGACCGCUUCAUGAAGAGCGUCGAGUGCUGUGCCCCCGAGACGAAGAAGGGCGAGGAGCAGAUUGAGGCUGUGGGCGCCGGCAUCGACGCGGCGGGCAAGGCCUCUUCCAAGCGCGCGAGCAAGAUGGUUGUCCAGAAGAUCCACCACCACUUUCCGCCAGAGAAGAAGUAUCUCCCGCAGUACCGCUUUGACAUGGGCGAUGGCUACAACUGA